UUUGACAUUUCGUUUUGUUAAACAUUCUGAAGAAGAAAAACCAUUGAAUAAGAAGUACAGGAAGGGGUGUUUAUCCAAAUAAGUGAAGCCGCUUUUUAUUAGUACUGAAAAUUGUUUUAAAAUCAUCAAGAUUAGCUGAAACAUUGGCGGUCAAUGAUUGUAUCGCCUUGUCAUCACCAAUAAGAGUGUGACGUGUGAUAUACACCCCUUCCUGUACUUCUUAUUCAAUGAGAAAAACAAACAUUUUCGUUCCCACUUUUUUUAUUAUAAUUGAUAAUUUUGUAUAAAUAAUAUUCCCAUGCCAUUAAUUAUAAUAUCCGGUUUCCCAUCAAGUGGAAAAACCACCAGAGCGAAACAAUUGCAGGAGUUCUUAACGACAAAAGGUAAACAGGUGAAACUAAUAUCUGAAAAUGCAGCCAUCCCGAAAGCUGGAUUCAAAAAGAAUGUUUACUAUGCUGAUUCACAAAAGGAGAAGAUUGUUCGCAGUGAUUUGAAAUCGGAAGCUAUAAGGCUUUUGAAUAAAGACGAUGUUGUUAUACUGGAUGCUGGAAAUUAUAUCAAAGGUUAUCGUUAUGAACUAUUUUGUGCAACAAAAGCAGCUCGUGGCACACAAUGCACUCUCUUUUGUGGCAUUCAAAAAGAUAAAGCCUGGGAAUUUAAUUGUCAGCGUACCGAAGAAGAAACGAAUCUCAAUGCCGAUGACGAUUCAAAACUCAACAACUCCAAUAUACCCUAUACGCGGGAAAUUUUCGAUGCGUUGUGUAUGCGCUUUGAAGAACCCCACGGGAACUGCCGUUGGGAUAAGCCAUUAUUUGUCGUCUUUCCUGAAGAUCAACUCGACUGUGACGGCAUUUAUAGUUCACUGUUUGAUUCAGCUCCAUUACCUCCAAACAUGAGCACACAAAACGCUCCUAUUAGUGCAACAAAUUAUCUUUUCGAAAUGGACCAACUAACCCAACAAAUAGUUGCAGAUGUCAUGUCAUCGCGCAAAAUAGGUAUUUCCGGACCUGUACCAGUAAAGGGUAGCAAUAUUAAAGUCGAUCUGCCAGACAAUGUUAAUGCUAUUCAAUUGAACCGGUUGCGAAGACAAUUUCUUAAUUACAGCAAAAUGCAUUCAACUAGCAGCACUUUGGAUAAAGUGCCACAAUUAUUUGUUCAAUUUUUGAACUCAAAUUGUAAAAUUUAA